GGGACGUGAUGUUGGAGAACUACAGGAACCUGGUCUCCGUGGGUGAGGAUAACUUCCCUCCAGAAAUCAGGAUCUGUCCUAGCCUUCCAGGAUGGUGUUGAAAAGGAAUGGUAUCUCAUCUAGAUUUGUGAUCAAGGAAUUCUUACCAAAAGAUAUUGAUACAGGAAAAUUAUACCAACCAGUUGCAUUGGGAAGAAAUGAAAGACAUUGCAUUGGAGAUUUUGACUUCAGGGAAGCCUGGGUAAAUAUGUGUGAAUUUGAGAGUAAGUGUGGAUCUGAAGAAGGAAAUUCCAAAGGAAUGCCCACAACAGAUUACAUAAAUGUCAGUGGUAGGAAAGAUCAGCAAGACAGCAAAUCUUGGAUUAAUUUACCUUUAAAGCACAGUGUUUCUGAAAGGAAAACUGCAUAUCAGUAUUUCAGACAUGGAAAGUUAUUUACAAGGAAUUUGCCAAAAGUGAAAAAUAGCAUAGCCUCUGCAGGAGAAAAGUAUAAGAGAUGUUUUGAAAAUAGGAUUGGAUUAAGCUUUCAGUCACAUCUGACUGAGCUACAGGAAUUUCAAGCUGAAGAGAAAAUUUAUGAAUGUAAUAAUCAAGUUGAGAAACCGGUGAAAAACUGUUCUUCAGUUUCACCACUUCAGAGAUUUUCUCCUAUUGUCAAAACCAACAUUUCUAAAAAAUAUGGAAAAAUUUUUAUGAAUCCUUCAUUGCUUAUACAACACCAGAAAACACACUUUAGAGAAAAACCAUUCAAAUGUAAUGAAUGUGGGAAGAUUUUUAGCCAGUAUUCAGUCCUCACUAGUCAUCAGAGAAUUCAUUCUGAGCAGAGACCUUACAAAUGUAACAAGUGUGGUAAAGCCUUCAAGCAGUUCUCAAAUCUCACGAGACAUCAGAGAAUCCAUACUGGAGAGAAACCGUAUAAAUGUAGCAUAUGUGGCAAGGUCUUUAAUCAGAAUUCACACCUUGCAAGUCACUGGAGAAUUCAUACUGGGGAGAAGCCACACAAAUGUAAUGAGUGUGGUAAGGCUUUUAUCAAAUGUUCAGACCUUUGGCGUCAUGAGAGAAUUCACACUGGAGAGAAACCUUACAAAUGUAAUGAAUGUGGUAAGGGUUUUGCCAAACGUUCAUAUCUUUGGGAUCAUGAGAGAAUUCAUACCGGAGAGAAACCAUACAAAUGUAUUGAAUGUGGCAAGGUUUUUAGGCAGUGGUCUACUCUCAGAAUUCACCGAAGGAUUCAUACUGGAGAGAAACCUUAUAAAUGUAAAGAAUGUGGCAAAGCCUUUAAACAGUGCUCACACCUUACUAAGCACCAGAAUGUACAUCCUGGAGAGAAAUCACAUAAAUGUGAUAAGUGUGGCAAAGCUUUUAUCUACAUUUCAAGCCUUGUGAAACAUCAUAGAAUUCAUACUGGAGAAAAACCACACAAAUGUAGUGAAUGUGGUAAGGGUUUUAUCCAAAGUUCAAGUCUUCUGGAACAUCAGAGAAUUCAUACUGGUGAUAAGCCUCAUAAAUGUAGUGAGUGUGGCAAAGGCUUUACUGUGCGUUCAAGCCUGACUAAACAUAAGAGAAACCAUACUGGAGAGAAACCUUAUAAAUGUAAUGAAUGUAGUAAGGCCUUUACCCAAUUUGUACACCUUACUCGACAUCAGAAAAUACAUACUGAUAAGAAACACUACGAAUCUAGUAUAUGUGGUAAUGCCUUUAGUCAGAGCUCAAGCCUGGAGGAUCAUCAAAAAACUUGUGGCAGAGAAAAACUUUACAAAUGUAAUGAAUGUGGCAAGUCCUUUAAUUGGUGUUCACGUCUUAGUCGGCAUCAGAGAAUCCAUACUGGAGAGAAACCAUAUAAAUGUAAUGUAUGUGGGAAGGCCUUUAGUCAAAAUUCAAACCUUAAAAUACAUCAGAGAAUUCAUACUGGAGAGAAACCUUAUAAAUGUAAUGAAUGUGGCAAAGCCUUUAAGCAGUUGUCAAGCCUCACUAGACAUCAGAAUAUACAUCCUGGAGAGAAACCACACAAGUGUAAUGAUUGUGGUAAGGGUUUUAUCAAACGUUCACACCUUUGGGGUCAUGAGAGAAUCCAUGCUGUAAAGAAGCCAUACAAAUGUAUCUAAUGUGGCAAGGCCUUUAGGAUGGACUUCAGGAUUCGCCAUAGAAUUCACAAUGGAGAGAAAUCUUAGAAAUGUAAUGAACAGGGGUAAGUUGUUUAACCACUUCUCAAUAGACUACACAUCAGAGAAUUAAUACUAGGGAGAAUUAUGUCUCUAGUUUCAGAAGAUUAGUUGUACUCAAUUUUUAAAUUCUUCAGAGUAGAUAAGCACUAAAACCCUUUGAAAAUGAUUUAUGGAAAGAGAUUUAUGGAAAGAUAUGAGUUCUUUACUUUUGUAAUAGUGUUCCCCCUUAUCCAAGGGGGAUAUGUUCUAAGACCCCCAGUGGAUAUCUAAAACCACAGAUAGUACCAGCCCUAUGUAUUAUCAGUGGCAACUUUGAAGUGCAGCAAAAAAACUUGCACAACUUACUUUUUCCUUCUUUACAGUUUCACAGAUAAAUUUCUUUUUCCUUAUUC